AAACGCAUCCAAAGCUGACCUCGAGAGCCGAGCAGAGCACAGAACGGCGCCAUGGCCACAGCGCGCAGGACCCUUCCAGGCAGGCAGCCGAGCCACGGAAGCCACCAGCCGUCGCCACCGGGAGGAGCUCCGCUGCGCCGCCGUGGCCCACCAGACCGCGGCGCCUAGGCCUAUCGAAGCCGGCCCGCACCAGCUCCCAUGCGCGAGAGGGCGAGAAGUCCCGCCGCCGCCUGCGCCGGGCAGGCUUCGCCUGGUCGCGCCCCGUGGCGGCGGCGGGGGAGGAGAGAAGGCGGGAAGGGGGUUUGCUCGGCUGCGGGGGCGACGCGGGAGGGGAGAGGGAGGGUGGUUGUGUUGUUCCACUUGUCUUUUCAGCUAUUCCUCUCUGUUACAUACUGGACAGCUCCUAUAUCCGGUGGCUCGCCGCCGCCCGGCUGCCUCACGUUCCGGCCGGCGAGGUUAGCCCACGCGAUGCCAGUGCGUUCCGGGAACGGAACGCCUCGGGGGCGGGCUAGGCCAGGUCCGCGCCCUCCUCCCGUGCAUCUACACGCUGCAGCAGGAGCAGCAGCAGGGCGCCGCAGGAGAACCUCCCCCCGCCUCCUGCGAAGCGCCGGGCGGCUAUGAGGAAGCGCUGCGGCCAGAUCCUUGCCGCAGAAGGACAUUGCCGAGGUCGACGAUGGCUCUGGCCCUCUGAGGCUGCGAAUGGAGAGCGAAAAUCCUGAGAAGACAAAUAUAGUGGGGGCUGAGCAGGUGGAUGAGUAUGUAGAUAUUGAGGAUGAGACCGCUGACUUACCAAUCAGUGGAGGCCGAGAAUGGUGCUGAGGAUACGGGUGUCUCUGGUGUUCUUCUUCAUGCUCAGUGAUACUGUGGAAGCGGCUGUUUCUUCUUAUCCUUUUUGAGAAACACCGUUUAUUCUUCAUCCAGUGGUUCAGGGUCAGGGAGCUCAGGGGACAGCACCUCAGAAGCUGGCAAUGCUCGUUCUCUAGUGUAGAGGAGGUCGUUCUAACAGUAGGAUUUGAGGAUUGAUAUGGUUCAUCAAGUGCUUACAUGGUCGAAAUGUUCAAUAAGGCGCUCAAAAAGAACUGACGAGCUGCGAUGAUGAAUGGGGACAUUGCUGAGGUCAACGAUGCUGUUGGAGCUGAAGCUGUGAAUGGUGCUGUGCCUACAUUGGUUGACAAUGCUGACGUGGAGAGCGAGAAUCCUGAGUACACUGUAGUAUCUGAGCAGGUAGAUGAGUAUGUAGAUAUAGAUGAUGAGAUGCCAACCGCAACUUAUCAAUCAGUGGAGAUCGAGAAGGGUGCCGAGGCCAUGAGUGUCUCUGGUGGUUCGGGUAGUGGUUCUUCAUCAUCCAGUGGAUCAGGGUCAGGGAGCUCAGGGGACAGCACCUCAGAAGCUGGCAAUGCUCUGAGGUUGCGAAUGGUUACAGGAGAGUGCGAAUCCUGAGAAGACGAAUGUAGUGGGGGCUGAGCAGGUGGAUGAGACCGCUGACUUACCAAUCAGUGGAGGCCGAGAAUGGUGCUGAGGAUACGAGUGUCUCUGGUGGUUCUUCUUGAUGCUCGGUGAUACUGUCGAAGCGACUGUUUCUUCUUUUCCUUCUUGAGAAACACAGUUUAUUCCUCAUCCAGUGGUUCAGGGUCAGGGAGCUCAGGGGACAGCACCUCAGAAGAUGACAAUGCUCGUUCUCUGGUUUAGAGGAGGUUGUUCUAACAGUAGGAUUUGAGUAGGUGGAUGAUGUGAGUACUUAUUUCUAGGAUGUCCAUGUCGGUUUGGAUUUAGUUCACUUAGUUCCUAGUGGACGGCUGGCUUUGUGGGUAAUCUGCUAGCUCAGCUCGAUUAUGUCUAUAUAAGUGAAAAGUGGUGGUAGUUCAUCUGGCCUUCUGAUCUGAAGGUGGCUUUUGUAUUGAUGUGUUUUGUCUAGCACAUCUACUCUGUACGGUAAUUUUAUAUAUGCUUAUGGGCGAUGUAACUAUGGCACCGGGAGUAAGAAAAGAUUGAAAUCAUGGCUAUCAUCUUUGUCUUGUGAUGUACGUAUAUGGGAUAUGAUUAUGGCAUAUGCAUGAUAUAAUGUCAGUAGCCAUGCAAGGGUGAGUUGAUCAGUUGAAUGUGAAUUUCCAUCCCUAGUAGCAGUAUAGGGUACCGUAAA